AUGCUUCUUGUUGUAGCAGUCACAUCUGCAACAACUAGUGCGACUAUCACAGGAGUGAUGACAGCAAUAGCAACAACAAUUACUACGACUGCCGCUACCACAGCUGUUGUUACAGCAACUGUUGCUACAACCACAGCUGCAACAACAGCAGCUGCAGCGACAACUGUCGUAACAACGACUGCUUCUACAAUAACUGCUGCAACAACUAUUGCCGCAACAACAGCUGCUGCCACUACGAUUGCUGUAACAACAACUGCUGUCACAAUAACUGCCGCAACAACAAUAGUUGCAACGACAACUGCUGCAACAACAACAGCUGCAACAACUAUUGCCGCAACAACAACUGCUGCAACAACUAUUGCCGCAACAACAACAGCUGCAACAACUAUUGCCGCAACAACAACAGCUGCAACAACUAUUGCCGCAACAACAACUGCUGCCACUACGAUUGCUGUAACAACAACUGCUGUCACAAUAACUGCCGCAACAACAAUAGUUGCAGCGACAACUGCUGCAACAACAACUGCUGCAGCGACAACAGCUGCAGCGACAACUGCUGCAACAACAGCAGCUGCAGCGACAACUGUCGUAACAACGACUGCUUCUACAAUAACUGCUGCAACAACUAUUGCCGCAACAACAACUGCUGCCACCACGAUUGCUGUAACAACAACUGCUGUCACAAUAACUGCCGCAACAACAACAGCUGCAACAACUAUUGCCGCAACAACAACAGCUGCAACAACUAUUGCCGCAACAACAACAGCUGCAACAACUAUUGCCGCAACAACAACAGCUGCAACAACUAUUGCCGCAACAACAACAGCUGCAGCGACAACUGCUGCAACAACAACUGUUGCAACAACAGCAUUGAUCACGACAACAACUGGAGCAACAACUACAGGUAUUGACGUUACUCUCACCUCAUGUACACCAGGCAGCAGCUGGAAUUCAACUGGUAUAACUGUGGCUGGUAGCACAGGUAUACAAGGCACAAAUGCAACUUUGCUCAACUAUGUUAAUGAUGUCGCAAUCGACGUCUUUUCAAAUAUAUAUGUUGCUGAUGCAGAUAAUCAACGAAUUCAACGAUUCGCAUCAAACUCAUUGGUCGGUCAGACGGUAGCUGGAGUAGUCAGUAAUAUUGGUUCAACAUCAGCUAUGUUCAAUUAUCCCCGUGCUAUAUUUGUUCUUUCAAGCACAUUGUUCGUUUCCGAUGUUUACAACUAUCGAAUACAAAAGUUUAACUACAAUUCAUUGUCUGGCAUUACAGUUGCGGGAGGGAAUGGUCAAGGAUCGAAUUUGAAUCAAAUAAAUCUUUGUUAUGGUGUCUGGGUUGAUACAAAUGGAACUGUCUACUAUUCAGAUUUUAAUAAUAAUCGAGUAAUGAAACAGCUCAAUUCAUCUUCAACUGGUAUUGUCAUAGCGGGUAACAAUGGGAAUGGAAAUGCGGGAAAUCAAUUUAGUAAUCCCAUGGGUAUCUACAUAGACGUAAACAAUCGAUCGAUUAUAUAUGUAGUCGAUAGUUCAAAUCACCGAGUGCAACGAUGGACUAUUGGAGGAACAACUGGCACCACAGUAGCUGGUGGAAAUUCGUAUGGAUCAGCUCUCAAUCAAUUGUAUAAUCCUCAAGCAGUUAUUAGUGAUUCAAGUGGAAAUCUUUACAUUUCGGAUACGAAUAAUCAUCGAAUCGUGAUGUGGGCUAGUGGAGCAACUGUUGGAAUACUCAUAGCAGGUACUAGUGGAGUGUCAGGUUCAACUGCAACUACUUUAAAAUAUCCGAAUGGAAUUACAUUUGAUGCAAACAAAAACUUGUAUGUGGCUGAUUCGAAUAAUUUUCGCAUCCAGAAAUAUUCCAUAUGUACAAUUACCGCUGUUCCGCCAUGUACACCUCAAUCAAGAUCAAGUGGAACAUUGUUUUCUGUUACAAACCCAGCAUCAUUCGCUUAUCCUAGUUACACUUGUUAUGCAUACACUUGGGUAGCAACUGGAUCAUCAGCAACAUUAUCCUUCUUUUUUCGUCAUGAUCCCGGUGGUUGGAUGCUAGACGAUGUUAAUGUUUAUCAUGGUUUGACACAAUUAAUUGUGAAUGGGGGUUUUGAAGCCGGUGCUCUAACUGGAUGGAGUUAUUCGGGUUCAUGUUACUUUUACANUUCAUUUCUACAUAUCGUUUCAUUUGACUUUACUUUAAUAUACAGAUGGUCCAAAAAUUAUAAGACCCCUCUUAAACUUUGA